AUGGCGAAUCCGAAACUGCCGACGAUGAAGCGUAAGCUGAAGCGAGUUGCCUUGCUGUUGAUUCUCUUCAUUGCGGCCACGACUGUUCUGGCCCUCAGACUUGACACCACUGCCGAUGAUGACGCGUCGGGACCCAACAACCCCCGCCACUCGCGAGCCGCCGCCGCGGAAGACGCAGCACUUGCUUACAUCCCACGCAGUGUUGUGGACAAGUGGAGCCGGCGGGAGUACCUUGUUGUGCUGGGCAUUCCCUCCACGGACGACGAAGAGAGGCGAACACGACGCAACCUGCAGCGGACGACUUGCUGGCGGUUCCCCGGUGUGGCGACGAGAGCGAACGACUUCAUCGGUGCGAUGCUUGUGCUGUAUGUCCUUGGGCGACACCCGUCGCACGGCUACGACUACUCUGCCGCGCUGCUGGAGGAGGCGGCGCAGUGGAACGAUGUGGUUGCACUGCCAAUGAAAGAGGGCCGUGUGUCUCCAGGAAAAAAGGCGGGCGUUAGUGGGGCAAUUGGGACUGAGGCGGAGAUUGGUAUGAGCCGCAAGACGUACAUGUGGUUUGACCUUGCGCUCCGCCUGUUCCCGACAGCGGGGUACAUCACUAAGGGCGAUGACGACAUGUUUCUCCGUGUGCCGCUGUUCGUUGCUCACCUGCGCCUCCUGCCGCGCCGAAGGAUCUACAUGGGGGCUCAUUGUGGAGGAAAUAUCUGGGCGAAUGGCCGUUCAGUAAGUGUGCAUUUUAUGGUCGGCUGGUGCUACACGAUGUCGAGGGAUGUGGCGGAGGCGUUGGUGUCGUUCAAGCCGCUGCGGCGCCUGGCGUACACGCCGUACAGCAAGGAGCGUGAGGAGGAGUUUUUUUCAAUUGGUAUGGGUCACGAGGACAUGAUGGUUGGGCACGUGUUGUUGGACGAAGUGAAAUACCAGCCGUUGAUACACGUCAAGGUGCUGCCCUGUCAUUUCCUUCAAGCCCGCAGUGACACGGGGGAAUCAUGGGUGGUGCCGACCUCGAUGUGUGUCCAUCACGUGCGGGAGGACGACUACGCUGCGCUGAUGGCGCGCUUCGGCAACGACACAUCGCCUGCCGCCCGUCUGUGGCGGGUCUCAGAGGACGUGAUAUACCCCUCUUGUGAUUGA